GCGCACGAGCGCUGCGAGAGGGGCGGGCGGGAGGCGGCGCCGUCGGAGCCGGGGCAGGAAGCGAGUCGGGAGCGGCUGAGAGGACAUGGCGGAGACCAUUAUAAUCCGUGUCCAGUCACCAGAGGGAGUGAAACGUAUCACAGCCACAAAACGGGAAACUGCUGCAACGUUUCUGAAAAAGGUUGCAAAAGAAUUUGGCUUCAGGAAUAAUGGGUUUUCUGUGUACAUCAAUAGAAAUAGGACCGGUGAGAUCACAGCGUCUCCUAACAAGUCCCUCAACUUAUUAAAAAUCAAACAUGGGGAUAUGCUGUUCCUCUUUCCUUCAAGCCCAGCUGGUUCUUCCUCUGAGAACAUGGAUAUCUCCGUAUCCCAAGGAACACGCCACAUAGGUGUUCCUCAAGUGGUAGAAGAUGACAUUGACCAGUACCUAAUAAAACAGGAUGGGAAGAUUUACCGGAACAGGGACCAGCAACUAUGUCGGCAUGGCCCGUUGGGUAAAUGCGUGCAUUGUGUACCAUUAGAGCCUUUUGAUGAAGAUUAUUUAAACCAUCUGGAACCUCCUGUGAAGCAUAUGUCAUUCCAUGCUUACAUCAGGAAACUGACCGGAGGCGCAGACAAAGGGAAGUUUGUUGCCCUUGAAAACAUUAGCUGCAAGAUUAAAUCUGGGUGUGAGGGUCAUCCCCCGUGGCCAGAAGGCAUUUGUACCAAGUGCCAGCCCAGCGCCAUAACACUCAACAGACAGAAAUACAGACAUGUGGAUAACAUCAUGUUUGAGAACCAUACAAUUGCAGAUCGUUUUUUAGACUUCUGGAGAAAAACGGGAAACCAGCAUUUUGGAUACUUGUACGGGCGGUACACCGAACACAAAGACAUCCCUCUAGGUAUUCGAGCCGAGGUUGCUGCCAUCUACGAACCACCCCAGAUUGGGACGCAGAACAGUCUAGAGCUUCUGGAAGACUCCAAGGCUGAGAUUGUGGAUGAGAUUGCUGCCAAGCUUGGCCUAAGAAAGGUGGGCUGGAUAUUUACAGAUCUGGUCUCUGAGGACACACGAAAGGGGACUGUCCGGUACAGUCGGAACAAGGACGCUUAUUUCCUUAGUGCAGAGGAGUGUAUCACAGCUGGGCAUUUUCAGAACCAGCACCCAAACAUAUGCCGCCUGUCUCCAGAUGGUCACUUUGGAUCCAAGUUUGUAACUGUUGUGGCAACAGGUGGUCCUGACAACCAAGUCCACUUUGAGGGCUACCAAGUAUCCAAUCAGUGCAUGGCCCUAGUACGCGAUGAGUGCUUGCUGCCGUGCCGUGAUGCCCCGGAGCUUGGUUAUGCAAAAGAAUCCAGCAGUGAGCAAUAUGUGCCUGAUGUGUUCUAUAAGGAUAUAGACAAGUUUGGCAAUGAGAUCACUCAGCUAGCCCGUCCACUCCCUGUCGAGUACUUAAUCAUUGACAUCACCACCACAUUCCCCAAGGAUCCAGUUUAUACAUUUUCUAUUUCUCAAAAUCCAUUCCCGAUUGGGAAUCGUGAUGCGCUGGGAGAAACACAGGAUUUUCACAGUCUGGCUACAUAUUUGACCCAGAACACGUCCUCUGUGUUCCUUGAUGUCAUCUCUGAUUUCCACCUGCUCCUCUUCCUGGUCACCAAUGAAGUCAUGCCUUUAAGGGAUAGCAUCAGCUUGUUGCUCGAAGCCGUGAGGACCCGGAAUGAAGAGCUUGCACAGACCUGGAAAAAAUCUGAGCAGUGGGCCACCAUUGAGCAGCUUUGCAGCACAGUUGGCGUCCAGCUGCCAGGACUCCAAGAAUACGGUGCCAUGGGCGGCACAACCCACGCCGCAACCUCUUCCAUGUGGGCCUGUCAGCAUUGCACCUUCAUGAACCAGCCAGGCACGGAUCACUGCGAGAUGUGCAGCCUCCCACGUAGCUAAGCCUCAUCUGGCUUGGCGUUCAGGGCAGCCAUUACAGGCCAACUGGCAGAAAUACAGAGGCAAACCCUUAGCCAGGCAGGAUUGUACUUCCUCCUGAGAUGUUGCACCGUGAGGGGCAGGGCAGAGCGGGCGAGGGUGGGGGGAACCUGACCCUUAUCAUGGGUACCCGGUGCCAUUCAGAGGGUUGUAGCUUGCAGUUGGAACUGGAUGUCUCCGUGGGGGAACUAAAUAUGACCCCUCUGCCUGUGCUGCUGCCUUGUCUUUUCUUUGCUCUCAGUAUUGUAGAAUGCCAGAGGUCACGUUCCCCCUUGAGCUGCAUUCGCACGGAUGGCUCAUCAGCUCUGCAGGCGCAUGGCAGUGAGGGGCCACGCCCACCCUGUUGGCUUGCAUGCCACGAGCUUUCCCCAGCCUUAAGCCAGUGAGCAAGGCCAGGCAGCCGUGUGAAGAGGGAUGGCUUGGUCUCCCGGGGCUAGCUUGCCUAACAUCGCUCUCUUGACAUGCUUUGCAUUCAGCCGCGGAGUCGCUGGGUCACUGGUGCCUGACUCAUUUCAGACUGCCCUCUAAUUAUAGCUUCCAAAUUUAGCGGCCUGUGGUGGCAGAACAUAUUGUAGUUCAGAGCUCCCAUCUAAGCCCCUUGGCAUCGGAGAAUGGAGACAACAGCCUUCUCAGCUUCAUAAGGGUCUCUCUACUUGCCUGCUGACCCGGUUCUUGUGCACCUCCUGCCAUGAUGACAGCGAGUUCAGUUGAUCAGUUGGCAGCUGUUCCUCACUUAUGGCUCGGCAACAGAGAGCACUCUUCCUUGCCAACUUUGGCAGUAGGGGCCAGCUGGCUCCCUGCUCAGGAAGCAGACAGCAUCUUUGCAACACCGUCCUGGCUGUGUCGGAGUUGGGCAGGCUACAGUCCACAAGCAGUUACUUGCCCUCGAUGUUCAUGCGUCCCUUUGCAUUUAAAGCUCUUUCUUGGUAUUUGUAGCUGUGAGCAGGAAAACGUGUUAAGUUCCUUCCUCAUGCCUGUUAUUAACUUGAAUAGCAUCCUAGCAGGACAAAGUAUAAAUGGGGCCUCUAUUGGCAUAUUGGAAGGAGUUUUGUUUAAUCUUCGUUACAUGUCUUUGACGUGGUACAGCUGAGGUUCUCUUGUCUCAAGAACAUGAAUCUGCCUGCUGUUCCCAUAACCAUAGAGUUCCCAAGUUCCUCUUCCUUUCCCAGUUGUGCAGGUGGAUGUUUUCCCCAUCCUGAAAUUCCCAGCAUCUCUGCCCACAGCGUUAUAGAUCCGGGCACAGUUUGGUUCUUUCUGCAGCAAUAUUUCCUGCACAACCGGCCUGUUGUCACUGCAGCACAUCAGUCAACUUCAUCACAGGGAAAGAAGACGUUCAUUUUUAUCUGUUGGGUUAUGUGGACAGAAGGCAUUCUUUUUCACACUUUCCAAAUUUUUACCUUUUUAGAUUCUCAGCACAGCAAAAAAAAAAAUGUGCCUCUACCCCAGCUACCUGUUUCCUUUAUGGGCAUGUAGGCCUGGCUCCCAGACAGCUGCCGUGACUGACGUGGUCUCUGCCUUCUGUGGCAGAAAUAUUGGGGGCUUUGACCUUCGAGCGUUUCAAUCAAGUGAUGGGUCAUCUGGCCCUUGUUAGUGCUGACAGGGCAUGUGACUCUCUCUCCUUUCCCGGGUUUGCGUUUGACUAGAUUUCUUGAGCUCUCUGGGCCAUAGCUGCUCUCGCUAUUCCUCUUCGUUCUAUGGGUUGCAGAGGUAUAUGUUUGGUUUGGACUGGAGUUAACUGAAUAACAGCCCUGCAAAUAAAAAAAAAACUAUUAAAAUCAUUUGAAAUGGAAA